UAAACAUGAAAAGACAUCAUGGACAUGGGAAGAGGUUGUAUAUUACACAGAACACAUGUAAAAGGUGUCAGAUUUAAAGAAAUAGUUUCCUAACAACUUCAAAAGGAAUACUGAUUUAAAAGAAAUAUUAUAUUAUCGAACGGAGUCGACAGGUGCGCGAAAUGUCGAGCUUGGCGAAACGAUAGAAGAAAAAAAUACACAUAUAAUUUGAAAUUGUUAACUGAGAGGAGAACAGUUAUUAUGGCCACUACACCUGUAAGUGCGCAGAGAAGUAAGUCCAUGAAAGGAAAACGUGUUUUACCGGUGGUUCCCGGGGGUACACCGCGGGACAAAUCUCCAUCUGUGACCAAGUCAGUCACCUUCAAUAGAGAAACUGCGGAGAGAUCAAUCGGGGGAACACAGAGUAUAGCUAAGCUGAAGAAUGAUCCUCUAAGUUUGUCUAUCAGUCUGUCUGUUAAUGAGGAAUUCUGCAACACAUCUACCUCAGAGGAAGAAUCGGUGCUUCGUGAAAAAGUCCCCACCCCAAAACAACCUAGUCGUCUCCCAGUGUACAGAUCCCCCAUCGUCAAUGGGGGAGGUACACCAAGGUCUAAAUCUCCUCUGUCUUGGAAUUCUGAUAAUAAAGAAAAUUUUCUUACUCCAGUGAAAGAUGGACGUCGAGCGACAAUGGAGAGUCAUAUAGAUAUGCCGAGCCCUGACCAAUUUUAUAACUCAAAUAUGAGGACGCCAGCUAGAAGAUACACACUGGAUGAUAAGUUGCUAGCCACGCCAGAAUGUUACUCUACAGUGCAAAUGGACCUCUCACGGCAUGAAAUGAUGUACGAUAAAGAGACCAAUCUCUACGAGGAGGAUAGCUCUAGUGUGACAGUGGCAGUUAGAGUCAGGCCCUACAGUUCAAGGGAGCUGAGCGAUGGAAAUGUUCGUUGUGUGGUGUCGAUGGAUGGUAAUGAGACAAUGGUCAGAGCCCUGGACAGCGGUCAUCUUUACAGAUUUAACUUUGACUUUUCCUUCUGGUCCUUUGACAGUACCCAUUGGGAAUUUGCUGGUCAGGAGCGAGUGUAUCGCCAGCUUGCCCAGCCCCUACUGGUCAAGGCAUUUGAGGGAUACAACACAUGCCUGUUUGCCUAUGGUCAAACUGGCAGUGGGAAAAGUUAUAGCAUUAUGGGACACGGGAGCGAGGUGGGAAUCAUCCCCCGAUUCUGUAAGGAGCUGUUUUCUAGAGCAGACCAGGACCAAGAGGUCACCCGAGACUCAGAAAUGGUAAAAAUCAAUGUUGAGAUUUCAUUCUUUGAAAUCUACAAUGAGAAGAUACAUGAUUUACUGGCCUCCAGCAAGGAAAAAGGAGGAAAGAAACCUACGCUUAAAGUACGAGAACAUCCUGUCUUGGGCCCAUAUGUAGAAGGACUUUCUACAUAUGUUGUCAACUCAUUUGAAGAUGUUGAGGGAUGGAUAACGCUAGGAAACAAAAACCGUGCGACAGCAGCAACGGGGAUGAACGACAAAAGCAGUAGAUCUCACUCUGUGUUUACACUGGUUCUCACACAGACAAGGACAGAGGAAAUAGAGGGCAUUCAACAUGAUCAUUCCAUCACCAGCAAAAUUAACUUGGUAGAUCUGGCUGGUAGUGAGAGGCAGUCACAGGCUCAGACAUCAGGGGAAAGGCUUAGGGAAGGUGCUAAUAUAAACAAGUCCCUGUUGACCUUGGGGAAGGUCAUUUCCUCUUUAUCUGAGCAGUCCAUCAUGGGAUCCAAGAAGAAAAAGUUUUUUAUUCCAUAUAGGGACUCUGUUCUUACUUGGCUCUUAAAAGAGAGUUUGGGAGGAAACUCUAAAACAGCCAUGAUUGCCACAAUAAGCCCCUCCCACCUCCACAUAGAGGAAACCCUCAGUACACUCAGAUAUCCUUUACCAUCAUCUAUUUAUAACUGUUGAGUGGCGCGAGCCAUUGUGAACCUGGCCCGUGUCAAUGAGGAUCCUAAAGCCAGGAUGAUUAGGGAACUGAAGUCUGAAAUUGACCGUCUGCGGAGCCAGAGCGGCAUUAUGAACGAGCAGCAGCAGUCGGCCAGUCUGGCAGAAAUCGCUGCCCUGAAGGAGAAACUCGCCGUCAGAGAGAAGGAAAUGGAAGAAAUGACAAGAUCCUGGUUGGAGAAGCUGAGACUGUCUGAGGAGAGAAAAGCAGAAGAGGCAAAACAAUUAGAGAAAGCUGGUAUAACCUUUAAAGUGGACAACAAACUCCCAAAUCUGGUGAAUUUAAAUGAGGACCCCCAACUGUCUGAAAUGUUACUGUAUGUCAUCAAGGAGGGCCAGACGAGAGUGGGGAGGAUGUGUCCCAACUCUAAACAUGAGAUUCAGCUCAGUGGAGCCCUUAUAGCUGAUAAUCAUUGUAUCAUAAACAAUGAAGAAUGUGUAGUAAGCAUCACUCCAAUUGACGACUCCCCCACCUAUGUCAAUGGCAAUCUCAUCUCGGAGCCAACUAUACUUCAUCACGGUGACAGAGUGAUUCUGGGAGGUGAUCAUUAUUUCAGGUUUAAUCACCCAAUAGAAGUGAGUAACAAGCAGACAACACCAGCUCAACAGGAGAUGAAAGAUUUUGAGUUUGCAAAACAGGAGGUUCAACGAGUGCAGGAGGCCAGGUUACAAGCAGAGCUGGAGGAGGCUAGGAAGCAGGCUAAAGAGGAAAUGUUUCUGGAGUUGGAAGAAGCCAAACGGGAGGCAGAGAUGGAAUGGCAUUCACAGAAAACAGGAUACGAGGACAAACUGACAGAAUUAGAGCAGUCACGACAGGAGGCCCAGGAGUUUAUACAGAAACUACAGAAACAGAAAAUGCUUUUGGAACAAGAGGUGCUUGCUGGCAGAAAAAGACAACAGUUAGAGGCUAAAGCUGCUGAAAAAGUUGCUAGCCAGCCUGAUUCUGCCAGAGGCUCUCGACUUUUGGAGUUUUUGGAAACAGAGAAGCAGAAAGCGGCCCAGAGAAUUGAGGAGGUGAAGCAGCGGCGAUCUGAGAUGAUGUCUAUCACUAGACGGAAUGGUUUCCUGGAAUCAGGGAAAACUGAUCUCUACAAAGUGGCACUACUGCUAAGAGAGGCCAAUAAAAUCAGCCAACUGCUAAAGAAACACACGACUUUCUGUCGGUUUGAUUAUCUGGAAGAAGAUAGAAUGAAAACCAAAAUCAAAGUGACCAACACUAAGCUUGGAGUCUGUACCUUCUGGUCAGUUGUCAAGUUUGAGGACAAACUGAUGCAGAUGAGAGAUCUUUAUCAGAAUGAUGCAGACAGUUGUGUAGAUGAUGAGUUAUUUAAUGAUCCCAGUGAUAAAUGGGAGCAGGAUCUGUCUGGUACACCUGGAAGAUCCCCGAAAAGCCGUCUUCACCGUAGAUCUUCUAUGACAUCACCAUACAGAACUAGUAUCUCCAGUUUUAAUGCCAGUCUGAUGAAAGGUUCUGUAAGCAGUAUGCCUGACUGUUUGUGUCCCCACCACACGUCCACAGAGUCAAUACUUAGUGUCUACAAAACUCACGCCCUCGCAGUGAUGGAAAGCUUCCAGAGUGUACACUUAGAGGAGAGUAUAGCAGACAAAAUAACAAGUUCCUGUAGUAAGAUUAAGAACUCUGUCCUGAGGAUUAGAGAUUACCACAGCAGUGUUCAGAAUGACAGCAUUUCAGAGGGUCAGCCAGAUGAUGUCAUCCAAACAGAAGGACUGGAACUUGUAACUAAUCUUCAGUCUCUGACUGCUUGUUCUGCAGUGUGGUCUUCUAUGUACAUGAGAGAACAACUGCAGUCUGCCAUUAUACACGACCUCACCCACAAACUUAGGGACCAGGUCAAGGUCAUAGGAAACCAAGUGGUUCUAUUCUUCCAGGGCUGUGAGAGUGAGAUAGAGAGCCUGAUACAGGAGUCCAGUUGUAACAUAAUGGACAAUGUGAUGAGUGUCUGUCGUAUUACGGGGGAACUAGCCCUGGCUACGGACACUAGGAUGGUCAGUCUGGAGGUGUUACAGACGGAGGAUUCCUCCCCCACAACAGACAUGCUAAGUUCUGAGGUUUGCCAGUCUUUUCUGAUGGGUUGUGAUGAACUUGUGGACAAGAGCUUACAAGGAGCCAUAUCUUCAUUAGAAGAACUUGAGACUAAGGCUCAACAACUGGCAGACAUUUCAGCAGCCAAAAUUAAUUUGGGAGAAGUGCCUAGGAGUGUAGAAAUCAUCAUUGGUUCUGCCAAAGACCUGCUAGAAAAAUGUCAGGAAGUUCAGGUGGAGAUAGACAUGAGUGUUCGGGAGAGUUUCCAGUCCAUUCCAGCCUCAUACUACAGCCUGAGCUACAAGCGAUGUCGAGGUCUGGUCACUCAGAUCAGUAACCUGUUAGAGACCAUCAAUCUCCUGAUGCAGAGUGUUCAGCCUGUUGUUCAAGGGAAGGACAGUGAUGUAAGAAAACUGUGCAGGUGUGCAGAGUUAAUACAAAAAGGUGCUUUGCGAUUAAUAUCUACAACCUCUAAAGACAAGGUCAAGGACACCGACCUGUCAGACAUUUCAGUGUUGUCAGACUCACAGUCUGAGCAGCUUGAGCUCGCAGCCAGAGAACUGUGUUCAGCAAUCAAGUCCCUCAUAGAACAGACAGAGAAAGUGGCCCAGGUAGAGACCCCCACCACUACUCCUCGGGGAAAACGCCUCCUACCUGUCUCACCAGACAAAGCAUUGGCAUCUUCUCUGAAGAGGAAUAUUUCAUUGAUUAGAACUGUGGGAAACAGUGAUGUUAGACAAAGAUAUGUAAGAAAAGACACAGAUUCAUAAUUAAGGGGCAGAUAAAUUAUGUUUAUGUACAUGUAUGAUGUAUUUAUUGUAUGCAAUUUUAAAUUAUAUUGAAAAUUUAUGAGGGGAUUUUCAUAUUGCAAAGUUUUUUGCUCCUAUUUUGUAGCCUGACACAUUGAAAAAAAUUUUGAAAAAGGACAGCCCUUAGAAAUGCAUUCCUAUAAAAUAAGAGAAAUAAAACUUGAGGCAUCUAGACUUCUUGUAAGUGGAGAAAUUUUAGAUAGCUUUUGGGAUGCUUAUAGGAGCAAUGGUUGUUACUGAGAUGUAUAUGGUAAUUAAGUUUAUUAUUUAUAAAAUCGCAUGCAAUGUGUUUUGUAUACUCCUGCUAUCAGUGCUACAUGUACGUAAUAUUUAUGAUAUUUUGCAAUAAGGGAUUCCUGCACAAUCACAGAUGUAUUUGAAUUUCAGAACAUUUAUAAAUGAUUAAAAGGACCGAAAAAUUAAAAUGAAACAUAUAUACUAGCCAAAUAACUUUAAAUUAGAGCUGUGAAUAAAAAUUUUGAAAGGUUUUUUAAAUAGUCUAUUUUUUAAAGGAAAGAGCAAUGUUUUUGCCCUAAUUUGUUUAAGCAGAAUUUUUAGCGAGGAUUCAAUUUUGGCACUAUCAGCGAGUGUGUUGAGGUUGCUAGAAUUUAAUGUCGAUAAUAUUUGAUUUUAUUCUAUAUAGGCAAAACAUCUUUAUAGCAUUAUAAAAUCACUAAAAUUACUUUCUGCUACUUUUAGAAGUUUUUAAGAACAAAUUGCCAAAUUUGCAUCUUGCUAAAAAUUCCACUUGUAUAGUAUCAUCUGCAUAUAUUUGGAUCUGAUUAUAGACGAGAAUCAUACUGCAAUAUAAAACUGAUAGUCCACUACUGUCUGGCUGUUACCUUCCAGAUUUUUCCAAAGUGCAAUGUGUGUU